CUUGAGACAUCUUAACGAAGCAAUUUAAAGGCAAAUUCAAAACAACAAAGAGUGUCAGUGGCCAUAGAAUUAGAAUAUGGUAAGCUUAUCCAACUAUCUAAAAAUUACAAACUUUGUCGAAACUACUUAUCAAGACGUUCGGCUUUUCAACGUAAGCAUAUCCGGUUUCGCGAUGGCUGGUCGAAAAAAGAUUUGGACAAUAUUUAUCGUCAUAUUUCUGUUAAUAUCACCGAUUAAGGCAUGGGAUACUGACGAACUGGAGCUCUUUGAUAUCGUUGAAGAAGUGAACCAAAAUUUUUAUGAGUUGAUGGGUCUUGAACAGAGUGCAUCAACUUCAGAGAUCAGGAAAGCUUACAGGAAGCUCUCACUGCAGCUGCAUCCUGAUAAAAACAAAGAAGAGGAUGCUGAGAUAAAGUUCAGGCAGCUUGUAGCUGUAUAUGAGGUGCUAAAAAAUGCAGAAAAAAGACAGAGGUACAAUGAAGUCUUGGAGCACGGCCUCCCAGAUUGGCGUCAACCAGUGUAUUACUACCGUAAGAUGCGCAAAAUGGGUCUCCUGGAGAUGUCUUUACUGCUCUUAGUUAUACUUACUGUGGGGCAGUUUGCUGUUGUCUGGGCAGCUUAUUUUGAAAAAAAGUUUGAAAUGGAAGAAGUUUUUCGCUCCAUGAAACGUAAGGCUAAGAAGACUAAAAGGAAGCAGAGAAUCCAAGAAGAAGAGAAUGAUGAGAUUGAAGACAUCUUGCAGGAGGAACUUUCUGCAGUCCCUCGUCCAAAACUCAUUGAUCUUUUACCAUUAAAACUGGUCAGGUUGGUGGUAGGUGCAGUUAUUGGCAUCCCAGGUGCAAUAUUAGAAGCUAAGGCAAGGUAUGAGGAAUACAAAGAAGAGAAGAGGAGGCAGAAAGAAGAGGAGGAGCUGGAACUGGAGGAGGCUAAUGCUGCAGGAGAAGUUGUGAAGCGUCCUAAGAAACGUCAGAGGGUUGUUAUACAAGAGUAUGAUGCAACACUAUACAGUAAUUCAAACCCUGUGAUCUACAAUGCUUCAGCUGACCAAGAUCAAAAUGAAGUGGAUACAAAACAGAUAACAACUAAAAAUGAAGGAGAAUGGACAGAUGAACAUACAUCAUUACUUGCUAAAGCAGCUAAGAAAUUUCCUGGUGGAGUUUCAGGCAGAUGGCAGAAAAUAGCAGAAUUUGUUGGGCGCCCUGUAUCAGAGGUGAUUACCCACUCUAAGAAGAUGAAGGCUGGCUUUGCUGUUUCCAUAGACCCUUCAGCUCAAGGUAUCGUAGGUGCUGCAAAGGACAACUCUAAAAUACUGAAAAAGGGCAGUCAUAUAAACCCAGAUAUCUAUAGUAGAAACGAAGAAGACAUUAAACCUUUAUCCAAUGGCAAUGUGUCCAACACAAGCACCAAAUCUAGUGCCAAUACUAAUGAAACUACACAAAAGAUCUCUAAAAGUAGUAGUAAUAAUACUUCAUCUGUGAAAUCCACAAGAUCUGAUGGUGCUGCUUCUACUGAGGUGGGAAGUAAUGAAGGUGACUGGUCUCAGAACCAGCAGAAAAUAUUAGAAUGGGCUCUUGGGCAAUUCCCUAAGGGCACUGAAGCUAGGUGGGACAAGGUAGCAGAGCAUAUACCUGGAAAAACUAAGGAUGAGUGUGUUACUAGAGUAAAGUUCUUGCUAGAAUUAGUAAAAAAACGUAAAGCAGCCACCACAACAUAGUGACUCUCUUGCAAGCACAAAAUAGUCUAAUCACCCAAUGAUAUUCUACAUAAUGACUACAUUAUGUAUUUCCUAUAAGGACUAUCCACUGAUAUUUACCCAGAAUAUGAUCAAUGUUUUCACAUAGCAACGAUUAUAUUUGUAUUUAAUGAUAACAGAUCAACAAAAUGACCCAGCUAAUAUUGUGGACAGUGCAUAGGGUAUGUUAUAAUAUGGCUUAUUCCAGAAUAGGUGUGUGGAUAUCAUUUCAGAAUAAAAAUGAUAUUUUUGUUACCAGCGGAUAAAUACUGUAUUUUGGCAAAUAGUGUCUUAACAAAUAAGUACAGAUUCUAACCAUGAGAUGUUGGAUGGUUAACAAAUUUUCUACGUACUUGUUUCAAAAUGAAGAAUCAUUUAACUAAUAUAAAAGAACAAG